AAAGGGGCACAAGGGAAAUGUCGGGGAUGCUGACUAUGUCCUUAUCUUGACUGUGGUGAUGGUUUCAGGGGAGUAUAUGUAUGUCAAAACUCAUCACAUUGUAGCCUACAACAUGUGCGUUUUAUUGUAUGUCAGUUAUACCUCUAUAAAGCUGUUUAGAAAAAGCCACAGUCCUCAACCUACAGACGUUCCCAGUUGGGAAGUGAGGGGAGGCAUAUACAGACAUAAAAGCAGAAGCAAUAGGCCAUGAAGCAAUUAAUUUUAGAGGAAGAGAUGGGGAAGGGAAGAGAAUGCCCAGUGGAAGGAACAGCAGAACCAAUGGCUAGGGGUCAGGGUGAGUGGGUAGGGCUGGACCCUUGCUCAGAGGGGCUUGAACCCAGCUGGGUGGUGGGAGGUGAAGUUAGAGAGCUGGUUUGGGCAGAAGCUUUUCCUUCUCUCCUUCUAUUCUUCGACCACUUGGCUGCCUGUCUCCUGUCACUGGAAGAGCCUCCUCCCUACCUCCUGCCACCCUCCUUCCCACUGAGACCACACAACGGUCAGAGAGAGGCCUGGGGCAGACCCCACGGGCCUCAGCCCUCACCUUGUGGCCUCCCACAGGAAGGGGCCCUCGACCUUCUGAAGAAGCUGAACAGCUGGCAGAUGUCCAUCCAGCUACUCCAGACCACCAGGAUUGGAGUUGCCGUGAAUGGGGUCCGCAAGCACUGCUCUGACAAGGAGGCGGUGUCCUUGGCCAAAGUCCUCGUCAGAAAGUGGAAGCAGCUGUUGGCACCUCCUAAAGGAGAAAAAGGAGAGGAAAGAGUAAAAGCAAAGAAGAAGGAAAAAGGGCUUGGCUGUUCAGAUUGGAAGCCAGAGACAAGCCUUUCUCCACCAAGGAAAAAACGAGUGGAAGAGCCCAAAGACAGGAGAGACUCUGUGGACUCCAAGUCUUCGGCCACCUCCUCUCCAAAAAGACCAUCGAUGGAAAGAUCAAACAGUGGCAAAUCGAAAGGAGAGACUCCCAGAACACCCAGCAGCCCCUCGAGCCCCACCUUUGCCCCUUCUGUCUGCGUCCUGGCACCCUGCUAUCUCACGGGGGACUCUGUCCGGGACAAGUGUGUGGAGAUGCUCUCUGCAGCCCUGAAGGCGGAUGACGAUUACAAGGACUAUGGGGUCAACUGUGACAAGAUGGCAUCAGAAAUCGAAGACCGUAUCUACCAGGAGCUCAAGAGCACAGAUAUGAAGUACCGGAACCGCGUGCGCAGCCGCAUCAGCAACCUCAAGGACCCCAGGAACCCCGGCCUGAGGCGGAACGUGCUCAGCGGGGCCAUCUCCUCUGGGCUCAUUGCCAAGAUGACGGCAGAGGAAAUGGCCAGUGAUGAGCUGAGGGAGUUGAGGAACGCCAUGACCCAAGAGGCCAUCCGUGAGCACCAGAUGGCCAAGACAGGCGGCACCACCACCGACCUCUUCCAGUGCAGCAAAUGCAAGAAGAAGAACUGCACCUAUAACCAGGUGCAGACACGCAGUGCUGAUGAGCCCAUGACUACCUUUGUCUUAUGCAAUGAAUGUGGCAAUCGCUGGAAGUUCUGCUGAUAGAACCACCAGCCAGGAUUUCAGUGAACAAGGUGAGGAAGAACAAAGAGAAAGCACUAAGCCAUCGUAACUGGAGA